AUGGCGGCCAUCACAGAGUUUCAGAAGAUAGGCGUCGGCCUGAUGGGGUUUGGAAUGUUCUUUCUUUUGUUUGGAGUCCUGCUGUAUUUUGAUUCUGUCCUGUUGGCGUUUGGAAAUGUACUGUUUUUGUGCGGCCUCACCUUCAUCACGGGAGUCAGACGCACCGUGCACUUCUUCUUCCAGAGACACAAGUUCAAAGGCUCGUUCUUCUUCUUGGGCGGCGUCACUCUGGUGCUCUUCCGCUGGCCCAUCGUCGGCAUGGUGACGGAAUGUUAUGGAUUUGUGCUUUUGUUUAGGUCCUUCUUCCCUGUCGCUGUGAGCUUCGUCCUGUCAGCGGUGGAUCUACCAUUUCUCAGUUCGUGGUUCUCGAGCAGCACGUCGAUGGUCUGA